CCCCCUCAGAGCUCAGGCGGAAGUGAGUUCGCUCCUUUGGAGAUUAAAAGGAUUCCGAACUCUGAUCAGUUUCAAUAACAGGCGUCCAGAGAGAGGGAAAAGGAGAGGGCGCGUACCCAGACCACGAGCUGCCCGGAGCCCCUGCAAAAGCCAUGCUCUCAAACACAACCUGAGGAGAAAGCAACCACCCCAAGCCCCCACCGCGACAAAGAGGGGAAGGGGAGAAGCCACCCAUUUCCCCCCUCCCCCCCGUGCGAUGGCUCUGCUGGAAUCCAACAUUAUCUGUAUCACUUGGGAUUCUGCUGCUGCUGAGUGAGUAAUUGCUAUUGCUGCCGCUGUUGCUAAUUCAAACCCGGUGCCAAUCGCUAGUGGAUUUGGUUGUGCAAAUUGCGGGGGAAGCGCUUUUUUUUUACUCUUGUUUCUUAAUAAAACACUACACGAAGAGGCGAGAUGACAAAGGAAAUGUGAUCCCAGUCGUUGCAGAGGCUCAGGCGAGCGAGCGAGAACCGGAGAGGACGAGGGGGGUGAGCGUGGGACUCUCGGAUAGCAUUGCACAGCGGCUCCAAUUUGUGCAUGCGAAUAUAAUACACCCCCCAUGAAUAAUUCAGGGCGGCCGGCGGGGACCUGCCGCUGCUACUCUACCCGGCGGCUACCGCUGCUGCUACAGCGUGUGCGAGCCACCCCGAGCCUGCCCGGGCUGCGAGUCUAGAGGGGAGACCGCGUGCUGGAGCGAGCCGGUCUGGGGCUGACCCGAAGCGGGAGCGGAGCCAGCCCAGGAGGGCGUGCGGGCAGCGGCUCAGGGCGAUCCAGGGCUGGGGAGAACGCGCCCACCAGGACCGAGGAGCACCGAAGCGACCCGCUGCUCGCUGCAGUGUUGGGUGUCUCUCUUUAUUGCAUCCCGCCAGCCUGAGUGUCUCCCGGGGGGGUCCGGCACCAACACCGCCCUCCAUCCCCAUCCCCCAGUCAUGCGGUGGUGGAGCAGGCGUCGGCGGGGGAGGGCUGGAGCCGGAGGAGUCUGCUUGGCCACUGUGUUUCAGUGUCUCUGCCUCUCCUAGAGCUGGACUGAGCCGCAAAAAGGGGAAAACAAACAAAAUAUUUCUCUCCUUUCCCUUCUCCUCCUCCCCCCCCCCCGAGAGGAGCUAACUUGGAAGCCCUUUGCCUCGCCGCCCAGCAGCCCCUCGGGGUCAGAGGGGGGCUUGCCCCGCAGACCCCCCGGCGCUAUUCUCCGGCUGCUGAGGAAAUCGGAGCCGAACCUCCCGCAGCGCUAGGUCCAGUUCACGCUGGAUUUGGGGGGGGGGGUUUACAGGAGUGGCGCCCAUGCACUUGAAGAAGAACAUAGUCACCAACCACGUUGUAGAAGUGCCGACCCCGGGGGAAAGAGGCAGACUCUGUGUCAGCCAGUGACUAGUUUUGGGAAAUCGAUACAAUUUGUCCAAUGCGGACCGGGAUCGGAAGCUAAGUACGGGUAGGGAAGGCAGACUCCAUUGGCCACCAGCGAACGGGACAACCGCACCCAGCGCCCCCCACCUCCCCCGGGGGCGAGGCGCUCCGAGGAUCCGGCUCCCUGCAGACACCGACUAAUAAUCGAUGCCAAGCGAUUUGCAAUCCGGUUUCUCCAUGAGUCCCUACUGCUGAGGCGCUUGCACGCCGCGGCUCGUGCCCCCCUCCCCCCGCAGCCAGGCCGCUUGCAAAUGGCUUCGUUUCCCGAGGCGGACUUCCAGCUAUGCCCGCUGUGCAAGGAGAUGUGCGGCUCGCCGGCUCCCAUCUCCUCCAACUCCUCCACCUCCUCCUCCUCCUCGCAGACCUCCAACUCCUCCUCGGCGGGCGGCUCGUCCUGCGCCCCGUCCCGCCGCCUGCACGUCCUGCCCUGCCUGCACGCCUUCUGCCGCCAGUGCCUGGAGGCGCAGCGCCAGCACCCGGCCGCGGGGGACGCGCUCAAGCUGCGCUGCCCCAUCUGCGACCAGAAGGUGGUGAUCUCGGAGCCCUCGGGCAUGGACGCGCUGCCCUCCUCCAACUUCCUCCUCAGCAACCUGCUGGACGUGGUGGUGGUGGCGGCCGCCGCCGCCGAGGAACAGAAGAACAACGGCCGGGGAGGGGGAGGCGGCGGCGGCAGCAGCAACAACCGGCACCACCACCCCCGCCAGCAGCAGCAGCAGCACCGCUCGGCCGGCAGCGGCUCGUCCCCCGCCGCCGCCUCUGCGAUCGCCCCGUCCCCGUCCUCCUCCGGCGGGGGCGGCUCGGCCUCACUGCUGCUCCGGCGGCCGCACAGCCGGCAGGGCGAGCCCCGCUGCAGCUCCUGCGACGAGGGCAACGCGGCCAGCUCGCGCUGCCUGGACUGCCAGGAGCACCUGUGCGACAACUGCGUGCGGGCGCACCAGCGCGUCCGCCUCACCAAGGACCAUUUCAUCGAGCGCUUCGGCGGGGCGCCCGGCUCCGCCGCCGCCGCCGCUCCCGGGCCGGCUGCCCAGCUCGCCCUCGGCCAGCCCUACCCCGCCGCGCCCUACAGCAUCCUCGCCUCCGUCUUCCCGGACCGGGCCAGCUACUGCCAGCACCACGACGACGAGGUGCUGCAUUUCUACUGUGACACUUGUUCUGUCCCUAUCUGCCGGGAAUGCACCAUGGGACGACAUGUGGGUCAUAGCUUUAUCUACCUCCAAGAUGCCCUCCAGGAUUCCAGAACCCUCACCAUUCAACUGCUAGCAGAUGCUCAGCAAGGACGCCAGGCUAUUCAGCUGAGUAUUGAACAGGCCCAAGCUGUGGCAGAGCAGGUUGAGAUGAAAGCAAAGGUGGUGCAGUCUGAAGUCAAAGCUAUGACAUCUCGACAUAAGAAGGCCCUGGAAGAACGGGAGUGUGAGCUGCUGUGGAAGGUGGAAAAGAUUCGUCAAGUUAAAGCCAAGUCCCUUUACCUGCAAGUUGAAAAGUUGCGUCAGAAUCUAAAUAAACUGGACAACACUAUUAGUGCAGUUCAGCAGGUCCUAGAGGAGGGUCGUAGCAUGGAUAUUCUCCUGGCUCGGGAUCGCAUGCUGGCUCAAGUGCAGGAACUGAAGAAUGUGAGAGGCCUUCUACAGCCGCAGGAGGAUGACAGAGUCAUGUUCACUCCUCCUGACCAGGCUCUGUAUAUGGCCAUUAAAUCAAUGGGGUUUGUCAGCAGUGGGGCCUUUGCUCCUCUGACCAAAGCCACUGGGGAAGGUCUCAAACGUGCACUACAGGGCAAAGCGGCCUCCUUCACAGUGAUAGGCUAUGACCAUGAUGGUGAACCACGCCUUUCAGGGGGCGAUAUGAUCUCUGCAGUGGUGAUGGGCCCUGAUGGAAACCUAUUUGGUGCAGAUGUCAAUGAUCAGCAGAAUGGAACCUACCUGGUCAGUUACAGACCACAGCUGGAGGGAGAGCAUCUAGUCUCUGUCAUGAUGUGCAACCAGCACAUAGAGAACAGUCCGUUCAAGGUCAUGGUAAAAUCUGGGCGCAGUUACAUUGGCAUUGGACUACCAGGGCUUUCAUUUGGCAGCGAGGGAGACAACGAUGGCAAGCUCUGUCGCCCCUGGGGAGUUUGCGUAGACAAGGAAGGGUACAUCAUGGUUGCUGAUCGCAGUAAUAACCGCAUUCAGGUGUUUAAGCCCUGUGGCACCUUUCACCACAAAUUUGGCACCUUGGGUUCCAGACCUGGUCAGUUCGAUCGCCCUGCUGGUGUUGCCUGUGAUAUCUCGCGUAGGAUUGUCGUGGCUGACAAGGAUAAUCAUCGCAUCCAGAUCUUUACAUUUGAUGGGCAGUUCAUUCUGAAAUUCGGGGAAAAGGGAACCAAGAAUGGGCAAUUCAAUUACCCAUGGGAUGUGGCAGUCAAUGCCGAGGGCAAAAUCCUGGUCUCUGACACGAGGAACCAUCGGAUUCAACUGUUUGGACCUGAUGGUGUGUUUCUGAAUAAAUAUGGCUUCGAAGGGGCACUCUGGAAGCACUUUGAUUCUCCAAGGGGUGUGACUUUCAAUCAUGAAGGCCAUCUGGUAGUGACAGAUUUCAACAACCAUCGCCUCCUGGUCAUCCAUCCAGAUUGCCAGUCAGCACGCUUCCUUGGGUCAGAAGGCACCAGCAAUGGCCAGUUCCUGCGCCCACAAGGCGUGGCUGUGGAUCAAGAAGGGCGCAUCAUUGUGGCCGAUUCUAGGAACCACCGAGUGCAGAUAUUUGAGUCAAAUGGUAGUUUUUUAUGCAAAUUUGGCACUCAGGGAAGUGGCUUUGGUCAGAUGGACCGACCUUCAGGUAUAGCUGUCACCCCUGAUGGCAUGAUUGUUGUGGUUGACUUCGGAAACAAUCGAAUUCUCGUCUUCUAAUCUGUGUUUUCUGAAUUAGGAAGAAACUGUCUCAGGGAAAUUCUUUUUAAGAGAACGAAAAAAUACAACGUUAAUUCAAACCUACCUCAUCUUUAAUUUUUUACAGAUGAAUGUACUUAUCUUUUCUGCAGGGAGUGAUCCUGUAAAGUUAUAAAUUCUAUCUACCUCAUUAUCUUUGUGUUCUCCCUCUCUCUCCUCCUCUUCUCCCCCCCCCCGCCCCCCAGCAGUAAGUUUUACCUCUUCCCCACAUGGGGCAUCAUGCACAAACAUGUGUUGCUGUGCACAUUAGGUGGUUGCGUGAUGAAUUCUGUAGACGAAGCCAAAAAGGCGCUCUAUAAUUUUUUUAAAUGGGGGGGGGAAUUAGUAGCAUUAGAUAUUUGUAGAAGAUUUGUGUUCUUGAUCGUACUGUGGUUUUUGCGGGGGGGAGGGUUUGGGGUUUUUUUGUUUUGUUUUUGUUUUUUUAAAUGCUGCUGCAGCAGAGAACUUUUUCCUGUUCUCCUUUUUAUACCUCAUUGUGUUUGAUUUAUUGUUCAACAUAGUGUCUUGUUCCCAGAAGACUUUGAUCUUUUUGUGGAAGUGGGUGGGGUUCACUAGUCAGGAAAAGCAAGUUUGCUUUUUUGCAUAUGUGUUUUGAAAAAUGCAGUAAUCCUACAGCACAAAGUGAAGCCCCUGUGAAAAUGCACAAAUUUCUUGGGGAGGGGGGAAGUCAUUUUUGGUGACUUAGUGUAGUUGUCAUAAAAAGUUUAAUGAAAAAAGCAGGACUUUCUGUAAUGUGUUCUCUAUUCUAUAAUUUCUUUAUAGCCUUUUGUCUGAUUAUUAGUCACAUUUUAAAAACAAGGUUCCAUUCUUCCUUCCAUUGUAUGUAUGUCACUGUUAUGUGUAUCGAUGCCUGUUACAAGGAGCAUCAAAACAGGGAAGAAUUGAACCCUGGAGUUAAAAUUUGUUUCAUGUGAAAUGGCUGUGGGGGUUUUUUUUGUUUUGUUCCCAUAAAGGCUUUAGUUAGGGGAGUAAAGAAAGAUUAAUAGGUUUGUCAGGACAAAGUAAAUUUUCCCAAAAAUAAACAAUAAAGCACAACUUUGGAAAUUCAGGGUGCAUUUCAGAGAAGUCCACAUUUUUAAAAAAUCAGAUCACAAAACCAGUCAGUGACAUCAGCUGAACUUUUUGUUUUCUUUUUCCUUCAUCCCUCCCCUAAAAAAAAAAAAAAGUUAGGAUUGAAAGGUUCGAAGAACAUUUUUUAAUGUACGGGCAUUCUUAAUGGCCCCUGGUGAAAGGUAGCCAGCAUGAGGCAAAAUGGAGCCAUAUAAAAGCUCUGCAUCGUCAUUCCAUGGCAUCACCGAAAAACUGCAUUUAAAAUGGUGACAGCAUCUAAAAACUAUACUAGCCAGAUUCUUUAAACUCUAAACUGCAAAAUUUAGCUCCAAUGGGGAUAGGAAUUUCUUGUUUUUCUGAGCAGCUGAGAUUUUGAGGAGGGGCUUUGGUUACCAAGCCAUGGGAAUUUGAUUCCUUAGUGGAUUACAGUCCACAUUUCAAUAGCUUGCAUCUUAAUAUGUUAGCUAUUGAUGUUGACAUGGACUCUUGAGAAAUUGCCUUGCCUUCUGGAUAGGACUGGUAUUGGCAAACCAUAAAGGCUAAUAUAGGGGGUGGAGAGUUUUUGCACUAUGCAGAAAUUGAAGAGUUCAUGCAUCAAUUAGUUUUUUUUCCCCCUCUGCAGUGGUGUAAAAUUAGUGUUAUCAAUUCCAGCAAGAGAAGAGCCCUGAUUGAGAAGCAAGGUUAUUAACUAAAAGGCUGAAGGAGAAAGGGUUCAUCUCUUCCCCCCAGCCACCACAUACACAAGCAAUCUGAAAAAUUGAAGGACUCUUUUCAUAUUAAUAAGAAAUUUCAAGGUGCACUUUCACUUGCUUCCACUGCUUUCCCUAUUACUAUAACAUUUCCAAGAAAUUCAUUUCCUGUUUUUAGAAAUUCUAAUCAUUGUUCAGGCUUAUGACAGCAGCCACUUAGGAAGGUGAGGAUUUUAAGAGGUGGACAAUGAAGAGGGAGGCAGUGAGAUCACAAGAACCCUUUUAAAACAGAAAAACCUCUAAAUUACACAGGAUAAUGUAACUGUGCUACUUUCAGCUAACACCUCAUGAAGCAAAUGCUCAGCAGUGGGUAUCGGCUGGGCUUAAUUUUAGGGAUAGUGUUGUUGUUUUAAAACAAAAUCCAAGAUAAUCUUUUAGAGAGAUCGGUCAUUAAACUUGUAUAUGGCUCUUCAGAAUUCGUGUGUAAUAGAAAGCAAAUUACUCCUUUUAGCUUUUGCAGCCCACUUUCCUUCCUUUUGUGGUAGCCUAUGGAAGUUGAUAUUGUUUGUUUGUGUGUUUUUCUGUGUUUUUCACUGAGAGAUUUGUAACUUGGCUGUGAAAACAAAUUAGACUCAGAGACCCAGAUACCAAAGAUAACCGGUUGAAAGCUUUAAUUUGACAAUUUGCAGAAUCCUUCCAUUUCACCUCUUUGUCUUAUUAAAAAUGCUUGGCCUUUUUACCUUGACCUUUGUGGUUGCCACUGCUGGAUUAUGUCAGAAAAGCUAUUAUGCUUAAUGCUUGUUGAUGUUGCCCUUUUGUAUUUUCUGUUCUCCCUGCGUGCCCCCCUCCCCAUCCCCCAGGCAUUUUUUUUUAAAGUAUUUAGCUGCUCCUGGCAUGCUUUGAGUUGAAUUGCAGAAAAAUUCUUCUUGUUUAUCUCCAUCACUAUAUAGUAUAGAGAUGUGAAGGCUGGUGGAAUUUCCAUUGACCUUCACCAUGUCAUAUUAUGUUGCUGCACAAGACUGGGGAAGGCCACACGCCUGUCUUUAUUUGGGGGAGGCACAAUGUCUUCCUUUACAGUUGCUGUUUACUUAAUUUACUGGAUCUGCUUACAGCUCAAACAAGACUAUUUGACUUCAAAGUGUUUCACAUCACGUUGGGAGGCUUUUGUUUAAAAAAAAAAAAAAAAGGCUGUGUGGCUACCCAAAUGAUUUCCUAUACUGUUACUGUAAUAGAUAGUGCUAAGCACACUUGCUCUUAUUGAAAAAUAUUAGUGUAGCUUAUAAAAUGGAGUGCUUAUAAUGCAAUGAGAGUAAGUAGUGUAAUAUUAUAGGAAAAGUUUAAUGCCAACAUCAUAUGCCCCAUAGGGGCUUGUUUAUUUGGUAUGUAAUUGGUAGGAUUUCAAAUCUGGCUCAACGUUUGUUCUAUGUAUGUUCAUGGACAAUUGUUGGAUAAUCCUUCCACUGUCCUGAUACAUGUAGAAAAUAGGGGAAUAGACAUACAGGACAGGAGUGUAGGAAAGGUAAGCAAAGGUCUGACACUGGGUUGCAAACUCCUGAAUUUUCUUAAACUGUUCAGUAUAAUCUCCUGAACUGGUGGUAGUGGAUUAGGGGAAGGAGAAGGUUGGUUAUCUCUUCACCCCCACCUCCAGUCUCUAGCUUUGGAGAAGAAUAACAGAUUUGGAUCUACAGACUUGUGCAUUGAAUGCUCCCAAAGGAAUUUAACUGUGCCAGGUUAAAUCAAUGUUGGCUGUCAGUAAAUUUUCGCUUUGUGAAAUGUUAUCAUCAGUUAACUCUCAUCAUCUCCUAAUUCAGCCAUAUGAAGCAGUCCUGUUAUUUCAAAACUGUUUUAGUGAGAGUUUCAGUGAUGUCCUGGCUGAGGGCUUAUGAGGCAGCCAUGGUGCUAGAUGAUGCAGUACCCUCCGGUAAGUCACUCCUUUAAUUUGUACCCUUUAAGUAUAACUUAUAUGGGGAAGCCCACAAGUGCAUACCAUAAAGAGGGAAAAACCUAAAAUUUAGUGUAUAUGAGGGCCAAAAAUAAUCAAGUUGGAAACAGAAGAAGGCACUUCGUUGUGGCAUUCCAUUGGAAUUGCUGGCGAUCGACUCAGUCUGUUUAGUUAUAGUUGAGCCAAAUUAAUUUAUUUCAAGAGCAGUCUUUAGGCUUGAUCCAGCCAUAUGUUUUAUUUCUUUUGAAGAUCAUAAAAUUUCUAUGUUCAGUUCUGGUUUUUAAAAAAAUGUGCCAAAGUGUUUUUAUUUUUAUUUGUUAAAGGAGUGUAUCCAAAUGGUGCCAAAAGGUAAUAGGGUAUUUAAAAAAUAAAAAUAGAGAUGUUUAGACAAACAGUUUGGAGCUGUCUAAAAAAUUAAACACUGGUACUUGCGUUAGACAAAUAUUGUACCUCAGGUCCUUGAGUCCUUUGGAGAUCAGUGAAACCCAGUUUGCUCUGGUACAGAAUGCACAAAUAGAGACCCAACUGUUUUUGUUUCUUAAAGUUCUACCUCACCAUGGAGAAGUAAAGCAUCUACCUCAAUGUAGUAUCAGACAGGUCUCAGAAGAAAGUGUUAGUCUGCAUGCAGGGGAAGGGUACAUCCUGCCUGUAGGAUACGCAUUUUUGUUUAAAUGGAAAUAUUAGAUGUGUACAAGUGGCUAUUUUUUUGUUGUUGUUGCCUCCCUGUGGAAAUAUUAGGCUGCCCUUGCUAAAGAACUGUAAAUAAAACCAAAUAUUCGUACACUCAGGCAAAUUGAUUCUAAUCAUCCUCCUGUAAGUUUGACUCAUUUUCACUAGAAAUUAUGCAAACUGAAACUAUUUUUUUUUCAGUAUUAUGACACUACUGGUUGACAUGACAUACUUUGUGUCUUUAUUUGCAGAGUUCUUAUGUCCUUAAGACCUUUAGGUCUUCUCUCUACAAGAGAAAAAUAUUUUAUCUAUUUUUGCAUGCCUACAAAUGUAUCCUGUCAGAAAAGACUCUAAGGGUAUAAUUUCUUUAAACGCAAUGCUAUACCAAAUGCUUGAAGGGAAUGAGAUUGAUUCUUUGACUUGGUGAUUGUAUAUGUAGUUUUCUUGAUGCAACGGGAUGUUUUCCACCAUGACAGUGCAACCAAGUUCCUGUUCCUGGAAGGCAAUUCAGACUGAAUGUUCUUACCAGAGGCAGCCGUUGUGUUGGGUUUUUAUUUGACUUUAAUAGUGGCAUUCAACAGACCCAUUAUUUUACAUGUGGAGUAAAGUUUAGAGAAGCACAUUAUCAGAUUACUGUAUUAAAAAUUCUUGUUUUUCUCCCCUAGUCAUUGUUGAGUGACAAAAGUUAGAAGAGUGGGUACAGAAAACCACUAAUGGUUAUAUGCUGUGUUGGGUUUGGUAAAUGUUAUGGUGGAAAAUGUACCUUGAUGUCUUUUUAAGUGAUCUUACGGGUUAACAAGCCAAUUUGGCAUCUUUUUCCAUCAUGGUUUAACCAAUAAUGGUUCUAAAAAAGAUUUGUGUACCUGCAUGGUCUUAGACCUUCUCUUAAUGAUUGUAUCAGCUUACAAACUCAGGUAGAUAUUUUUGUUUUAAAGCUCUUUUUACAGAGCCUUACUGACUGAAUGUUACGUGUCUAUGUAGUGAAGUAGGGUAGAUACCUUUCUUUAAACUACCAGACCAGUAAACUCCUUUAUAGGUUUGUAGAAUACUUCUCAGUCUAUGUAGUAGUUUCCUACUGAUGUCUUGUUUCUGAGUUUUGCUUUUUUUUCCUCCUAAAAUGACUAAAAAGUUUUUAACUAGUUUGUAAGGUGUGUUUAGUCACCCAAAUUGGCGGGGGGAGGGGAGGGUUCUUACUGUAUGUGACUAUUGUUUGUAUUGUGCAUUACUUGUCAUGCCUAUCUUGGUUGGUGGUUGAUGCAUUUUAAGUAAAAAGAGUGAGGGCCCAUACAUACCAUUUAAUUUGGUCCUUUGUUGAGGCAUAGUUUCAGUGAAAUUGGAAACAUCAAAAACAAAUGGAAGCUCUAUCCAAUUAAGACCAAUGUAACAAAUUCUGUAGACAGUUUAAGUCCUCGCUUGAUUUACUGUAGAUACAAGCCCAUCUUAUAAAAUGUAAUUACAAAAUUAGAAGUACUGUCAUCUUGAUAUAGUUCAGCACAGUAAUGCCAUGAGCUUCGAGAAUGAUUCUGUCAGUUCUUGGAAGUUGUGCAUCUUGAGUCAAUUGCUCUUGUAGUUUCCUGUUCUGCUGGACUCUACUUUUCUAUUUUAGUGAUUAAGCAUGCUGUUUUCCUAAUAAGAAAAAGUGCUCAGUGGGACAGACAUUGCUCUGAGCAGCUCAUUAAAAACAGAGCAUUUAUAACUGUUAAUGGAACAGGUCAUGUCAAAAAAACCCUUCCAUUAACACAACCCCCACCAUCCAAAAAAGGGUUCACUUGUCUAUUUAGACAAAAAUUGCUGGGCUUUGUAACUUAAAAUGUUACGUGCUGCAAAGAAGAAAGCAUGACAGGUUAUGGGCAAACUGUUAUGUAGAACAAACUAACAAUGUUAGAGAACUCUUGUGUUACUGGAGGCUUCUGAAUGUAUCUUUGUGGUCCAUAGAGAAGGCUGAAGGAUGUAGCAAGGAGAUGAUGUAUCAGCUACUGGCAGCCUUAAAACAAAGUCAGUGUCUCUCUGGACUUUAAAAUGUUCCUAUGCAGUUUAUUUUAUUUUUGUUUAAUCAAAUAAAUGUGAGUUUUUCAUGGCAA